AUGGCGCAGCUGCAAACCCGCCACCGCAAAGAGCAGCGCGACCUGCAAAGUCGCAUCACGCAGAAGAAGAAGCAGGCGAACAAGAAGACGAGGAAAGGCGUGAAUGAUGAGUGCGACAGGCUGGAGGCGGAGCUCAAGGAAAGGCAGCAGAGUGAGGUCGCAGCUCUGACCGGAGAAGCCGUGGGCGACGAUGUACCGAGCAACGAACUGCUGGACCUGAGCAUUGAGGCAGACGCGGAGCCACCGCGUACGAACGGGACUGCCCACGACGAUGCGGGGAAGAACGAGCCUGGUGAACACCCAGACACAGCAAGCUCCCUGGGGAGUCAGGCAAAGAAACCGAAUCGGCAAAAAGCGAGACUUGCACGAAGAGCAGCGGAGCAGGAAGAGUUAUUAAGACAGGCGGCGGAGGAGGCGAAGAGCCUGCCAGAUUUGAAGGAGCAGGAGCGGACGAGGAUGUUGGACGCCAUGAAAGAGCGGGGGAUGCAGGAGAAGGAGAUCCGAGCGGACGGACACUGUCUCUAUUCUGCUGUUGCCGAUCAGCUGCAUCAACUGGAUAUUCCACUCGCAGCCACCAUCAACGAGACUGCGGCCUACCAAAGCGUCCGAGCAGUGGCGGCGGAGUACAUUGAGAAACAUCGGGAAGACUUUGAGCCUUUUCUGGAAGAACCAUUCCCCGAAUACGUUGGGAAGAUUCGCAACACUGGCGAAUGGGGCGGGCAGUUGGAAUUGAUGGCUCUCGCAAAGUCGUAUGCCACCGACAUUUAUGUCCUGCAAGACUUUGGCCGGGUGGAGAAGAUCGAGUCUGGUGGAAGUGCGAGUGAGAAGACGAUGUGGCUUGCGUACUACAAGCAUGGAUUUGGACUGGGCGAGCAUUACAACAGUCUUCGCAAGGCGCCUUGA